GAAUAGGAAGUGGCCAGGCUCCUCAUAAACCGGCUCUGGUGGCGUUUGGGUUGCCGAUGGCUGAGCUCUACCUCCAGCUUAGAUCAACGUCUUAGUGACAGUUACUCCUGCCCAGAUAUUGCUACCCGUCCUGCUCCAGCAGCAUGCUUUAGUGCUCUUAUGAGUUUCCUCACCUUGUAGUCUGCUGCAGUGAAGUGGCGGCUUUGUCUGAGAUGUGGGUUUUCGGUUACGGCUCUCUGAUAUGGAAAGUGGACUUUCCGUACGAGGUGAAGCGUGUGGGCUUCAUCAAGGGCUUCAGCCGCAGGUUCUGGCAGGGAAGUACAGAUCACCGAGGGGUUCCCGGCAAGCCUGGACGUGUGGUGACACUAAUAGAAGAUCCUGAGGGAUGUGUUUGGGGUGUUGCGUACAAGUUGCCCUCAGGGCGGGAGAAGGAGGUGAAGGAGUACCUUGACUACAGGGAGAAAGGUGGAUAUGCGGUGAGGAUGGUAACGUUUCAUCCUAAAGAUGCGGAACACGAGCCAAUGCACGACACAUUGCUCUACAUUGGAUCAUGUGACAACCCAGACUACCUCGGGCCAGCACCUCUGGAAAUGAUCGCCCAGCAGAUCAUGAAGUCAGUUGGUCCCAGUGGGAGGAACACGGAGUAUCUGUUUGAGCUGGCUGAGGCUCUUAGACAGCUGGUACCUGAAGACUCAGACGAUCACCUGUUCUCAUUGGAGAGGAUGGUCAAGGAUCUCUUAGUGCAGGCUGCAGAGUGACCCUCUUUCAACCUGAUUACCUGCUCAACAGUACGAGCAACUGGGUGCUCACUUGAUCCACACAUGUUCUUAAAGCACACGGCUAGUGUUUUACAGAGGGAGUUGGUAGAUGAAGUUGUUACACUCAAACUUUUGCACAACGUUGUACUUACUUACUGCAGGUCUCACUCAAAAAUACACCUAUAGAGCAAUGUCCAACAACUUUACCUUAGUCUUGAACAGGGUGCUGUUCUGUGUAUACAUGUUUUAAUACUGCACACUGAGGAAGAGCGUGUGUACAUGUAUUCUAGUUAUACAGCAAGUAUAUUUAUUGAAAUUGCUUUAUUCAAGAAGGGAAAUAAACACUUGAAAUGUCAGUUAAUGCACAUAGCUAUGAUUACCUAAUUUUACUCUUAUGAAGAUGUUAUUGCUGAUAAAGACCGUCCUGUCAUUUGAAAAGCUGAAUCAGAGAGACGUGGUGGUUUUGGGCCUACUGGGGGGGAAAUGGUUCUGUAGAAAUUGAUUUGACUUGUAAAAGCUGCGAAUGUGCUGAACUACAUGUGUCCUUAUGUUCAGGUCCUCAGCUUGCUGUCACAAAUUCUUAAAAUACUUUUACAUGAAUAACUAAAGUAUAUUAAAUGUAUCUAGAAAAUG